CUUCUGGCUUCACUGCAAAGUGCUUUUCUUCCAGGCUGACUUUAAUAUUUAACUGUGUGAGGCUGGUUCCUGACAGAGAGACUCAGCACUGAGAAGAAGAGGGAGAGGAGUGUUAGCACAUCACAAGUCAAACCAAGAAAUGUAUAUUUCAGAAGUCAGAACUUUCCUACACAGAAGGCGCAAAGAGGUUCAGAAGACCUAAACAUUGAUGGUUGGGUACACAGAAGAUAUUUAAAAAAAUAUAUUUAUGGAACUUCGAGGAAUAUAUGCUCAAGACAAAUGCAAAACUAAGGACAUGUGCUUCAUCUAAGACUCCACAGUCGUGUUCUUUGCUGUUAUGGGCAGUGGCAGCAGUAAGAGCAAAAGAAGAGUCAUCAGCUUCUGCAGUCAACAGCCUCUGCACCCUACAGAGAUACCCAAAGGAGAGAGAAUUGCACGAGGAAUGGUUGCCUGUGAGCAGAAUAAAGGGGAUGAUGGAACGAUGGCAAAGGCCACCCAAUCUGUACUGGAAACUAAAAAUAGCAGGUCACCUCCAAUUGACCCAGAUCUGCAGCUACUAGAUGACAUACUGACGGAGUCUGAGGAUUGCUCGUCUUGGCAGGAGCCUAUGGGUAAAGGACCAAAGAUGACAAACUCAACCCAAGAAAAUCAAAGAUGGGAUAAAGAAGUUCCAAGGACGCUAAAAACUAUGGCAAAGCUACAACCAGUAUCUUCUGAGGAUGAUGGAACCCUACAUAUACAGCAAACUAUGGGAGGGGGCAGCAGCAAAACAGCUCCAGGAACCACAGGGAUCUUUGACCUUGAAAACAACAACUUACCCAAGCCGUCACACACGUGUCCUGAUCCUACGGAAGCAGACAACCCUAUUGCCUAUGAUGACACGGAGGAAGCCCUGAUGGAGAGCAUUGAAGAAGAAUACUCACAACUCCACCCCGUCCCCUCAAUGCACUGCCAAAAAAUGUGAGAGCCAAAGCAUGUCCAAGCUCAAACCCUGACCUCCACCAGCUCUCCAACUUUAAUUUGCUUCAUAGAUAGCACUCGGUUAUUAGUGUAUUUACUUAACUAUUAUAUUUAAAUAUAUUAUCGUCAAUAUGUCAUUAAGAUGGGCUGUCCCUAGGCAAGCCGCUGUCCUGUUGAGUUACUAUGGAUCUGCAAAAUGCGAUAAUUAAAAUGUCCUCUAACUGCACCCAGUUCCACAAUGGGGUGCAACCCAGUGAGUUAAUAGCAUGAUAAUUAUAUACCUUCCCAGCAGGACAAGAGGAUGUAGUGGAAUCUACUGAAAUUCAUUUCUGGUAGGCCGAUGACCUGUAGGCUUGAACGGAGCUCUAGGAGUGUAAGACAUACAAUGCAAUCCAGUACUAAGACCAGCGGUGGCCAAAUCCAGGCACACAGGUCAGGACAAGUUGUUAAUCAAUUUUUGAUUUAAGGUGAAACCUCUUAGAAGUGGCCAAAAUCGCACUGGAAAUUGGUCUUUUACAGUGGUGGUCCUUUAAAAAAAAUAAGAGGACAAUAUAGUAUAUGAUGGACUGAAAAUCUCCCACAGCAAUUCUGGUCUAGAUAAAUGGGUGGUCUUCACAAAGUGGUGUUCCUUUUAAGAGGGCUAUGCUUUUGAAGGGGUUUUCCCACAAAAGAUUUAAAAGGGUUUUCCAAGACUUUGUAACUGAUGACCUAUCUUUCUCAAACAGCUGAUCGGCGGGGGUACCAAGUGUCAGACCCCCACUGAUCAGAUACUGAUGAACUGUCCAGAGGAUAGGUCAUCAGUAUUAAAGUGUCGGAAAACCCCCUUAAAAUUGUGGAUGUGUUUGAUCACUGGUGGUCUGACUACUGGGAUCCUCAAAGACCUCGAGAACAGUAAUCCCCCUAGCACUGUCUCUGUGGGAAAACCCUUUUAAGAUCAAAAACACACUGGUGAGCUUUUUGGUGUUUUGGGUGGACUCUGAAUAGACAGCUGGGUCUUUAUUUUCUAUACCAUGGUGGACUUUGACAUGAUAGAAUCAUUCUUAGGCCUCGUUCACAUUUCCUUCUGCAUUUGACACAUGUGAAAAAAAUCAUUCCUUGUUUCAUUCAUGAAGAUUUCCGUGAAGGAUCCGUGUUUGGUCCGAGUGUCUGUUUUUUACCCUUUGUGUGUCAUCUGUUUUCCAUGGACACAUCUCCUAUCAGUGGCCAGGGAAAAACGCACCAAACACGGAUGCCAUCCUUGUUGUGUCCAUGAUUUUCAUGGACCCAUAGACUUCAAUGGGCGUGUUUGUUCUGCAUCACGGACAAAAGUAGUGCAUGUCUCUGUGAUUUUUUUUUCACUGACCAGUAAAAAAGAAAAAAACUGAUGUGUGAACAGACACAUUAAAAUAAAUGUGUGCUGUCAGCGGAAAAUGCACACAGCACACAUCAAUGAAAACCGGAAAUGUGAACGAGGCCUUAAACUUGGUUCAUUUGGAGCUUUUUGUAAAAAAAUUAAUUACAGAACCUUUGGUGGAGAUUUAUCUAUCUGGAGCUGAAAAAGGAAUUUUCUCUGUUAGGGCUCAUUCACACGCCGUGUCUUUGAUGACAUCCGUGACAAGAUGUCCAUGAAGGAUCCAUGUUUGGUCCGUGUGUCACUUUUUUGCCCUCCGUGUUUCAUCCAUAUUCCACAUACACUGCAAAGCUGAAAUUUUGUUUCCAAAGCAUCUUCUUCCAAUGCUUCAUGAAAACCACACAUCAAACACUGACGGCAUCCAUGUUGUAUGAGUAGUUUUCAUGGACCCAUAGACUUUAACCACUUCAGUCCCGCUAGGUGAAACCCCCUUCAUGACCAGAGCACUUUUUACACUUCGGCACUACACUACUUUCACCGUUUAUCGCUCGGUCAUGCA